AUGAGCUCACAACGAUGGAUGCUGGCUGUCUGUUUCUCACUGGCCUCAGAGAUUUGCAGGAAUUUCGGCAGUGGGGUCGUACAGCCUUUUGUUAGCAAUAGUUUCUAUGUGGCGUCCAACUGCCCGUUCAUCCUCACCCACUUCACCCACAACCGAGUGCAAUGUGAUAUCACCAUACGGCGAGAUGACAGUGGGCUGCUGGUCGAAAUCGAGAUCACCAUCAACAAAAUCAGGACUGUUCUACGGAAUGGAAUUAUCCUGGUAGAGGGUAAAAGGGUAUCCCUUCCGUAUGACCACACCUACCAGCAUAUCUUUCCCUAUGGCAUCUACACUAAACUGAGGAGCUCGCUGCUUCCUCUGUCUGUCAUUUGGCACAAUGUACCCGGAGGAAUUGGCACUGUGCGGGUGGAGCUAGAGCAGGAGCUGAGCACCGAAAUGACUGGACUGUGUGGAAACAACAAAUUAAGCACCAAGCAGGAGUUGAUCAGAGGCAGUGUUCUACCUGACAACACUUGUCAAACCCGAGAUGAAGGCUACAAUAUGACUACAGUAUGUGGAAUGUUCUUCUCCCACGCCUGGGACUGUCUGCAAGGCAUGACGACGCAUUAUAUGCGACUCUGUAACGAGAACAUUUACAGAUAUAGAAACAGCAAAACCAUCAGAUGUGCUUUCUUCAAAGAAAUUGUAGUCCGCUGUGGAAAUCAGAGCCGGGUGUGGAACGUAUGGAGAUCUAUAACUGGAUGUGAACCACCGUCUUGUCCAGGUGAGCUGGUUUACGUUGAUCAGGGUCCAGCCUUUAUUCCCAGCUGCUCCAUCCCAAAGCCAGACACAUACUACGAAGACCAGAAGCUCAUCUGCUCCUGUAUCUGCCCAAUGGGUAAGGUGCUUAAUGAUCGUGCAGAUGGCUUCAAGUGUGUGCCUAAACAGGAGUGUCCCUGUGUGUUUGAUGGCAAGAAGUACUCACCCGGAGACAAACGUAGCACCAAGUGUCAGUCAUGUGUGUGUGAGAGUGGGAAAUGGCAGUGCACAAAAAGCUCCUGUCCCCCCAAAUGUUCAAUUGAAACCCAGUUUGUAAAAACAUUUGAUGGCAAACGAUAUGUCAUCCCUGCUAAAUGCGCAUAUGUGGCCUCGCAGGGUCCCAACUGGAAAAUAACAAUUGAGUUUUCCCAAGAAAAUGCAAUUGCUCUGAAAACAGUCGUUCUUCAGCUGUAUCAGGAAACAUAUACAUUCUCACACAACAUGGUUAAAAUUGGAGAUAAGGAGAUCACUGACUUCCAUCAUUCUGCUCAUGCUCUGGUUUGCUGGAAGUCAUCCAUAUACGUCCAUGUCCAGACAUCCUUUGGUUUGAAGAUCCUAGUCCAGGUGUCUCCUAAAAUCCAGCUGUACAUCACUCUAAGUGAAAAGCAAAUGCCCUCAGUCUAUCUUUCAGGUCUUUGUGGUAACUACAACAAUGACACCACUGACGACUUUACCACCAGCAGCGGGAUCAUUGAGAACUCAGUUAAAGCUUUUACUCUGUCCUGGAGUAUGAAAGUGUGUUCAGAUAUCAUACCUUUCAUCUGCAUCAAGACAAGCAAUGAACUAUUUGCUGAGGAAAAGUGCUCUGUAUUGAAAAAGCCAUAUGGGAUAUUUGCUAAAUGCCAUGGCCACAUCCCAAUUGAUCACUACUACACGGCUUGCAUCCAAGGAACAUGUAAUUCUGACAGCAGCAAACUGCAGCAGUGUUUGUGUAUUGCUCUGGGCAAUUAUGCAAAAGCCUGCGCCAGUCUGGGUGUUUUAGUCGGUGACUGGAGGAAAGUUACCAAUUGCUCUUUACCGUGUCAGAAAAACCAAGAAUUCUUUUACAACAUGCAAGGCUGCAACAACACAUGUCGUUCCCUGUCUGGCAUUGACCCUUCCUGGGAGGUAGAAGACGAUAUGCCUGUAGAGGGCUGUGGCUGUCCAGAGGGAACUCACUUGAACAGAGAACAAAUCUGUUCCCCAAAGACAGACUGUGAUUGUCACUACAGUGGUGGUACAACGCCACCAGGGCCUCAUGUUAUUGAUGGACGACAGUGUGAGAGCGGGUCCUCUUCCACUGAGUCUGCUAUGUUGAACCGCCAUUUUGUUUGCACAGAUGGGAAGGUUUGUGUUCACUGUGCUCAGUCUAACAUUAACACGGCUCAGAAAACCUGUGACAGUCUCAGCAAACCAAUGGGUAUGACCUGUACUAGUGGAUGUUACUGCCCAGAUGGCCAAUAUGAAGAUCACAAUGGAAACUGUGUUUCUAAGGCCAACUGCACCUGUGUGUACAGUGGCAAAGUAUUCAGCACAGGACAGAAUGUCGAUAUCUCCUGCAAAAGCUGUAUCUGUGAUCAGGGUCGGUGGAAUUGCACGGAUAAGCUUUGUAACGGAAAAUGCCAGGUUUAUGGAAAUGGCCACUUCCAGACCUUUGACUCCAAGUGGUACCGCUUUAGUGGACAGUGUCGGUACAUGCUUGUAGAGGAUGACUGUGGAUAUGGCUUUGGCACCUUCUCUGUCAGAGUGGAGAGCGUACCCUGUUGUGAUGAAGCACUCACCUGCUCUCGCUCAGUCAUCUUCAACCUGAAGGACAAAGUCACCCUGACGCUGAGCGACAUGAAGGUGACCAUACGCCACCACAGUGGUUGGAUGCUUAAGGAUCAUGCACUUUUCUCCGUACACACCGUGGGACUCUACAUCAUAAUCUCAGUCCCAAGCAAAGGGAUAACUCUCAUCUGGGACAAAAACACUCGGGUCACCGUAGAGCUCCAGCCACAGUGGAAGAAUCAAGUGUGUGGCCUCUGUGGGAAUUUUGACUGUACUGAGACGAAUGACCUGCAGAUCAGUAACUCAGGAGUGAUGUCCAGUGCCCUGGCAUUUGGCAACAGCUGGAAAACUGCCACACCUCCUUGCUCUGAUGUGACCACUGAGACCUAUCCAUGCGAGCACCACUCCUACUGCGCAGUCUGGGCCCAGCGGAACUGUAUGAUCCUUAAAGGAGACACAUUCAAAGAAUGCCAUUAUAAAGUGGAUCCAGGGCCCUACUUCGAUGCUUGUGUGCUGGAAGCAUGUUCCUGUGCGUUUAAAGGGAAGUUCCUGGGCUUCUGCACAGCCGUGGCAGCCUAUGCAGAGGCCUGCAGCGACAACAAUGUGUGCAUAAGAUGGAGACGUCCUGAUUUGUGUCCGGUCUUCUGUGACUACUACAACGAGCAGGGCCAGUGUAUCUGGCACUAUGACCCCUGUGGUGAAAUACAAAUCUGUGGCACAGCCUUCACUCACAAGCUGGAAGGCUGCUACCCCAAAUGUCCAAACGACGCACCAUACUAUGAUGUAAAUACUGGUGAAUGCACCAACUUGACAGACUGCACCUGUUCUAUAAAUGGCACUUUCAUUUAUACUGAGGAUCCGAUGAUGAUCGGUACUGCUAUGUGCCUGUGUGGAAACGUGUGUUCAUCAACAACAACACCAGCAUCCACCACCAGUGUCUCAUCUACUACUGAAAAUUGGUCAUCAAGAACAUCAGCACUAACACAGCGCCCCACCACUGUCUCAACUACUACUGAAAAUUGGUCAUCAACAACACCAGUACUAACACAGCGCCCCACCACUGUCUCAACUACUACUGAAAAUUGGUCAUCAACAACACCAGCACUAACAACAUCUACUACAACGACGCCCUCAACGACACCCUCAACAACGCCCUCAACGACACCCUCAACGACGCCCUCAACGACGCCCUCAACUACGCCCUCAACGACGCCCUCAACGACACCCUCAACGACGCCCUCAACGACGCCCUCAACUACACCCUCAACAACACCCUCAACUACGCCCUCAACGACGCCCUCAACUACACCCUCAACAACGCCCUCAACAACGCCCUCAACCACACCCUCAACCACACCCUCAACAACGCCCUCAACAACGCCCUCAACAACGCCCUCAACCACACCCUCAACAACACCCUCAACCACACGUGGGUGUGAGUGUAAAGACCUGAAGAACAAUAAAAGCUGGCGUUGUGGUGAGACGUGGAUAGAAAACUGCUUCAAUAACACGUGUGAAGAUGAGAAAAUAGUGUCGACCGUACUGGAUUGUCCACAGCCUACAAUUCUCAUCUGCCCCAGAAAAAAAUACACAACCUGGUUAGAUGAAUGCGGAUGUCAAAGAAAAGAGUGUGAUUGUGUCUGUGAGCUAUAUGGGGACCCCCACUACAUCACUUUCGAAGGCGUACCCUUUAGUUUUCAGAAACACUGUACCUACGUCCUGGUGGAGGAGAAGUUACCACGUCAUCAUCUGACCAUUGCUGUAGACAACGUACAAUGUAUACCAGGGUGGCCAGGCACCUGUGCUAAGGGAAUUAUCCUGAAAUAUGGGAACAGUAUUGCUACACUCAAUAUCAUUCCAAGUUUAGAUACAGUACAGGCCACUCUGAACAAUAGGUCUAUAAUGCCACCAUAUGAGGAGAAAGGGUUGAAGUUUGAGACCACAGGCACCACAGUUACCAUCUACCUCCCAGAAAUCCGCUCUUAUGUAUCCCUCAGUCCCUGGUGGAACGUGUUGGUCAGUCUGGCCAUGGAGAACUUCAAUAAGAACACCCAAGGACAAUGUGGUGUUUGUAAUGGUAGAUCAUGUGUCCGUAGAGGAGGACAGGCUGAGGACGACAAUUGCUGUGAUAAAACGGCCUAUGACUGGGUGUACCCCGACCCUCUAAAGCCAGCUUGUGCUUUUGCACCAACAAACGUAUCUUGCAUUAAAAGCACGCCAACCCCCACCCCCACCCCCUGCCCUGAAGACCCACUGUGUGAGCUGUUUUACCACGCUGUUUUUUCAGAAUGCCGUAAGGUUGUGGAUAUGGGCAGUAAAAGGAAGAACUGCAGGUUUGAUGCAUGUGCGAAUGCAACUUGCUCUUCACUCGCGCAAGCUGCUGAAGAAUGCAAGAAAUCUGGUUUCUGUAUUGAAUGGAGGUAUCUGACCAAUGGAAGAUGUGAUUUUUCAUGUGAUAAUGGAUUGGUUUACAAUGAAUGCCCAAAAACGGGGGACGAUUACUGCAAGGACGGAGUACGACAUAAAGGAAAACCCUUCACGAACAACGGUCCAAGCUGUUCUUGUCCCAGCCCCCUGUUCAGGGCAGGAGAACACUCAACAGUCUGUGUGUCUAAUUGUUCCUUUUGUGAAUGGCCACAUGGUGGGACCAAAGAGCCUGGCGAGAAGUGGGAGUCCAACUGUCAACUAUGUACAUGUGACCUUCAGACUCUGAAGGUGCGCUGCUCUACAAUCCCUCCUAAGCCAACUCCUAUCUGCAACUCCAGUGAAGUAUUGGUAAACUCGUCUUGCUGUGGUGAUAUGAUUUGUGUUGAGAAGACAUGCAGUCAUCAUGGACAAACAUACAAGGUGGGAGACAGAUGGAGGGAUGUCGCCCAUCCCUGCAUGUUAUUCAGUUGCAGCAAAGAGGGUAUUCAGGCUGAGACUAGAGUCUGUCCCAAAGAAUACUGUCCAGAGAUGUACAGAAUUUGGGAUGACGAACACUGCUGCUUUACAUGUAAACAGAGCUGUGCUCCGAAGGUGUCCAAUAUGACCUAUGCCAUCGACGGGUGUACCAGCAGCAUCCAGAUGCUCGUGUGUCAGGGCUCAUGUGUGUCUCCGCACUGGCUUGUGUUAAAGGGUGACCUGCAGGUGGAGCAGGAGUGCCAAUGUUGUCAGGAGGGCAGAUCAGAGAGGAGGACAAUGACCCUGCGGUGUCCCGACAACGGAUUCAGAGUACAUAUCUACAAGCAUAUCAUCAGCUGUGAGUGCAAAAUAUGUACCAUCUGAAAAGUACUGAGGACCCAUUAUUAAACAAUUCUGUCAUGUAUUCAUUUGAUUUGAAAGUAAAAUCAAAUCAAAAUAUAUGUAAUCUGUUUUUAAAAUUAUAAGAGCUUUACUGCGUUUACAAUCAAGAGUGUGGAAUGUGCAAAAUAGUGAUACUAAUACUAGUUGAAAUUGCCCUUUUUUGUGCUCUUUUCUGCGUUCUUGUGUUCUACAAUUACCAAACAAAUAAACUGAAUC